GAAGCGGGGCAGUGGAAGGUGCAGAAGUACCCAACUGACCGACCGACAGCCGCGCUGGAGGUCGCAGAUUCCUCAGGGGGAGCCGGGCAGGGUGACUCCUUGGCCACUAUGUCAAAAGAAGAGGAACAGCAACCUGAUUCUGGCCCAGUGGAGGAAGAACAGCAGCCCCAGGCCAAGGACAGGGACCUGGUGAGCCGAGUGGUCAGUCUGCCUUUGGUCAGUACCACCUUUGCCAGGGCGUCAGCCGCAUACAGCUCUGUGAAGGAGAACCACCCGUAUCUCAAUUCCCUUUGUGGACUGGCUGAGCGCAGCCUUCAGGGCCUCACCACCAGAGCUGCCCAAGGGGCCCAGCCCCUCCUCAACUUGCUGGAGCCACAGAUUACUUCAGUGAACAAAUACGCCUGCAAGGGCCUGGACAAGCUGGAGGAGAAGUUGCCCUUCCUCCGGCAGCCCUCUCAAGAGGUGGUGACAUCGGCCAGAGACGCAGUAACCAGCAGUGUAACAGGAGUGGUGGGCCUGGCCCAGAAAGGUCGGCGAUGGAGUGUGGAUCUGACUCGUUCGGUUGUGACCAGUGGGGUAGACACAGUCAUGAGCACCCGCAUGGGACAGAUGGUGACCAAUGGUGUGGAUGUCAUGCUGGGCAAGUCUGAAGAACUAAUGGAUCACUUUCUACCUAUGACUGAUGAGGAACUUGAUGAGCUGGCUGCAGCAGCAGAGGGUGGCUCCCUGGCUCCAGGAGCUGACCAGCAUCAGACAAGCUACUUUGUUCGGCUGGGAUCCUUGUCAUCUCGACUCCGACAACGGGCGUACCAGCAUUCCCUGGGCAAACUCCGUCAGAAAAAGCAUCAAGCCCAGGAAUCUUUCAGCCAGCUACAUGAUACUCUGGAGAUGAUUCACUAUAUGAAGCAUGGCUCCAAUCACAACUUCCAGGGGGGUGAGGGAAGGCUGCAGAAGCUGUGGCAAGAAUGGAGUCACCAGGACAAAGAAAACUACCAGAGCCAGGUAGAAUCGCAGACUCUGGAUCUGUCCCGAGAUCUAACCCAGGAACUACAGGCCACAUGUGAGACCCUGGCAGCCAGUGUCCAGGGGCUGCCCCCGGCUGUCCAGGCAAAGGUGCUGGAGGUCCAGCAGAGUGUGGAGGAGCUGCAUCGGGCUUUCUCGACCGCCCGCUCCUUCCAUGAUCUGCCACCCGCAGUGCUGGCAAAGGGCCGGGGCCACAUGAUGCAAGCCCACACGACUGUGGAUGAACUCCUGGAGUUUGUCAUACAAAGCAUCCCCCUGCCCUGGCUGGUGGGGCCCUUCUCUCCCUUGAUAGUGGAGCGGCCUCAUACCCCACAGGAACUGAUAGACCAGGUGGAUGAGGUGGUGGUAGGCCGUAGGCCCAGCUUGCUGGAGGACCGUUGGGCCAAUAUGGAUUGGGUGGCCCAACAAGAAGCAUGGCAAGCUGCACAGGAGGCAGCCCUGAUGGAGGAAGUCGAACCACCCAAGGUGCCCAGCCAGGAGGUCAAGAAGGCAACAAUAAUGCCCGAGCUAGACUUCUGAGCGGACUCCCCUCUUGACCAAUGAAGAAAUAUCAGCUGCUGGGUUUACAAAGGUCAGGCAUCUAUCUCUCCUCAGUCCUGCCCUUUCUCUAAGGGUUUCUCCAAGGGACAGGGAUCCUGAAGCCCUGAAGACUUGUUUUUGCUAACCAGACCCAGAUUGGUUGGGACAGUCUUUGAGCCCUUGGGAAGGGAAGGAAGUACUUGGGACAAUGCAAAGGGGAAGAACCAGUCUGAGCUUGAGUUUGGAUUGAAGGGAUGCUCAGAGAAGAGGUGGUGACUGAAUAUAUAAAGCUGAGGUUGAUCUGCAGAUAGGUGAAAAUGGAAGCCAAGGAUUUCCAAUGAAGUUGGCUAGGGAGGGAAGGUCAAUUGAAGAAGGAUAAGGCUAGAACCUUGGGGAAUAAGAGGGAGGAAGCAUCCACAGCCAGUGAAUCAGCAAAGUCUUUUCUUCCUCAAAGAGUGGUGGUUCAGAUGUUCUUUCUAAAGUGGAGAAAUCCACUCUCUCUGAAACUAUUGGUCAGUGAUUUAGAGUUCAUUUUUCUAGACCAUUGGAGGAAGGGAAGAAAGGAAAAAGGAAGGAACGAAGGAACAAAAGAAGGAAAGGAAAAACCUAGAUUUAGAGCUGAAAGGAAGGGGAAAGGAAAUAAGGAGGGAAAGGGACAUAGUUUCUGCCCUCCAAAAGCUACUGAUUUGGGGUACAGGAUAGGGAUGAUAUCCAGGAGCCAGUUCCUAUUGCUGCCUUGACUCCACUCAGUGGGCAGUGAUAAAGUCCCUGUCCUCAGGAGGGCCCACAAGCUUUAGGAACGAUAUAUCUUCAAGACUUCAGGAGAAAAAACCAAGUUAAGUUAUGGUGGCCCUCCCUUCAUAUCAACAUCCUUCCCCAUCUUCUAACUUCACCUGAAUUCGAGACACUAACGACAAGCUGGCCCCAGGUCCAGCCCAAGAUGGAAGUUGGGUGGGGGACAGUAAUGUGAGAAGGCACACUGGGAGGACUGGGAGGGAGUGCAAGAACUGUGUGUUGUUGGCUUUCUGGGCUGCCUCUGAAUAAAGUUGGUUUUAUGUUGGUUAA